AUGCCGAAAGAAUCUCCUUUGAUCGAUCGCUUGGGUGGGACGCCCGUACUAAAACGGACUCUGGACGUGCAUUACGAACGCGUCUUGCGUGAUUCUCUUUUGGCCCCCUUUUUCAAAGGCACCAAGAUGUCGUCUCUCCGCCUGCAUCAACUCAAAUUUCUGCGUUACUUCUUAUCGGACGGCCGCAUGACGGUGGAUGUCACGGACGUGAUGCUGGAAAAGCACAUGUCCAUGUUUGAAGAGCGCGAUUUGUCGGCCGUGCACUUUGAUCGUUUUGUUACACUCUUUGUGGACUCUCUCAAGGCCUGUGGUGUUCGAUCACAGGGAUUGUUGGACGAAACGCACGAAAUUAUGGCACCCUUGCGACAGAUUUUUGUGAUUGGUGCGCAAGAGUACGGCGGUUCCGUCAAGAGCCAAGAGGAUGCGGAAACAUCCAAGGAACAUAAUCGAAAAGGGUUGCGACGCCUGUUGGGGCUGGGCAAGCAGAAGGGCUAG